AUGAACGGGCGGGAGUCUACUCUCACGAUGCGUCAACGGCUCGAGGCCGUCGACGACCUCGCAACUAUCUCCCCGGUCUCUGAAGACAUUAUCGUAACAUGCCUUCGUGAACGAUUCAUGUCUGACAACAUCUACACUCACAUUGGCAGCUCAGCGGUUGUCGCGAUAAACCCACACAAGUACAUUCCCAGCAAUUCCGACGCCGUGUUGCACAAAUAUGCAGCCGAGUACCGAGACACGUCGCCCAACAAGGAGCGUCUGGGCCCGCACAUCUUCCAGCUUGCCAACAAUGCGUACUAUCAUAUGCGAAGGACAACGCAGGACCAGUCGAUUCUCUUGAGUGGAGAGACUGGAAGUGGGAAGUCCGAAAGCCGUCGUCUGGCCAUCAAGACGCUCCUCGAGCUCAGCGUGAGCCAACCAGGCAAAAAGGGUUCAAAGCUCUCAACGCAGGUUCCGGCGGCGGAAUUCGUUCUCGAGGCCUUUGGAAACGCGCGGACGCUGUUCAACCCCAAUGCCUCUCGAUUCGGCAAAUAUACGGAGCUUCAGUUCACCGACCGAGGCCGCCUGUCAGGUAUGAAGACUUUGGAUUAUUACCUUGAGCGUAAUCGUGUCGCCGCAGUCCCUUCCGGGGAGCGCAAUUUCCACAUAUUCUACUACCUCGUCGCUGGUGCUUCGGCUGAAGAGCGACAACAUAUGCACCUCACCGAGAAAACGACGUUUCGUUAUCUGGGUCAGCGGAAUGUUGGUGCCCGUGGGAAUGCCGGCCGGAAUGAGGAUGCCGUGCGGUUUGAGCAGUUGAAGAUGGCUCUGAAAAACGUUGGCUUCUCGAAACGGCAUGUUGCGCAGACGUGCCAGCUAGUAGCUGCGAUCCUUCAUUUGGGGAAUCUGGAGUUCACCAUCGACCGAGCGCGUAAUGAAGAGGCGGCCGUCGUGCGCAAUACCGAUGUCCUCGAGAUUGUGGCGGAUUUCCUGGGCGUCCAACCUUCGACUCUAGAGACGGCACUGACCUAUAGGACGAAGCUAAUGAAGAAAGAGCUGUGCACCGUGUUCCUCGACCCCGAUGGCGCUUCAGAUAAUCGGGAUGAGCUCGCUAAAUCCCUGUACGCGCUGCUCUUCGCCUGGUUGAACGAAUACAUCAAUCAGAAGCUGUGCCGCGACGAUUUCAACACGUUCAUUGGACUGUUCGAUCUGCCUGGUCCCCAGAAUCUAACGAGCCGACCGAAUUCUCUCGACCAAUUCUGCGUCAAUUUCGCCAACGAACGGCUGCACCACUUCGUUCAGAAGCGGUUGUUUGAGAGUCACGUCAGCGAGUACACGAAUGAGGGGAUCUCACGCCUCGUCCCUCAGGUUCCCUACUUCGACAACUCGGAAUGCCUGCGGCUGUUGCAAAACCAGCCCGGUGGCCUGCUUCACAUCAUGGACGAUCAGGCUCGUCGUAUGCCGAGGAAGACUGACCAGACGAUGGUCGAUGCGUUUGGGAAGCGAUGGGGAAAUCACUCUUCAUUCAAGAUAGGCGCGAUAGACCGCUCUGGAUGCCCGACAUUCACUGUGAACCAUUUCAGUGGCCCUGUCACAUAUUCGUCAGAGAACUUCCUCGAGCGAAAUCUGGAUGCACUUAAUCCUGACUUCGUCUCGCUGCUUCGAGGCACCAGUGCGACUGCGGAUGCACCUUCCACUGAUGGGUCUGGGUCGACCAAUCCGUUCAUUCGAGGCCUCUACACUGCGAAGGCGAUUGCGACACAGGCUCAUCCUCGCAAUGAGGAAACGAUCGUGUCUGCCCAGCAACCGGUCAAGCCGAUGCGCGCUCCUUCCACACGUCGAAAAGGUACUAUCAAACGUAUGCCUACAGUACGUGAGGGUGAUCUCGACGAGAAGGAUAAGGACGACGAGGAGCCACUUGGGACUGCUGUACUUGCAAACGGCCCCCCAUGUGUCGCUGGCGAGUUCCGCGCGGCCCUAGACACCUUGUUCGAGACGUUCGAGGAGACCCAGUCUUGGUAUGUAUUCUGUAUCAAUCCCAACGAUUCACAACUACCGAAUCAGCUGGAGGGUCGCUCUGUCAAAGCCCAAGUCCGUAGUUUAGGUCUCGCUGAAGUCUCGAAGAGAUCCGCUUGCGAGUUCGAAGUGAACAUGACCCCGGAUGAGUUCGUGUCGCGCUACAACGCGCAGUUGAUUUCGUCGAACAUCAUUGAAGGUGAACCGAGGGAACAGAUUGCGCAAGCGAGGACUGCGCUGGGCUUACAGGAGAAAGAUAUUGUUCUUGGUACGAAUAAGGUCUUCCUCUCGCACGUCGCCUUCCGUGCCUUCGAAGAUGAUCUCCGAUCGAAAGAUACUGAAGAACAGAAACGGAAUAGGUUGCGCGAUGCCGAAGCUGAAGCUGGUCUCGAUCCUAGAGGGUUGCAUGAUCCAUACGCCCCGUACCAAGCACCUGGUGCCGAAUCGCCGUAUGAGGGCGGAUAUAAUGAUCCUUUCGGACAGUCUAACCAAGCACUUCCUCUUGUGCAACAUGCCUCUCCUUUCCAACGCGCCGAUAUGUAUGACGACUUUGACGAGCGCAAGUCGCUACGCAGCGAUGAUUUCGAUGGCCGAAGCGCGUACACUAGUAAUCGCGACAACGAGACCGUUUCAAAUUAUGGCACUGAGUCUUAUGCGCCGUCUCGCAAUAUGUUCCAGGAUGCGGAUAAGAAAGGUUUGCUGGAAAAAGAAAUUAUCGCCGGCGAAGUGCAAGACGGUGAGACAGCGGAGGUCCUCAGGGAAAGCUCGGUCCGCAGGAAGUGGGUAGCGCUAUGUUGGAUCUUGACGUUCUGGAUUCCUACGCCCUUCAUGCGGUGGUUCGGUCGGAUGAAGCGUCCUGAUGUUCAACAGGCGUGGAGGGAAAAACUAGCUAUCAACAUGCUCAUUUGGUUUGUCUGUGGAUGCGUCGUCUUCAUCAUCGCGAUUUUCGGACCCCUCAUCUGUCCCACGGAGAACGUUUUCAACCCCGCUGAGCUGCAGUCACACUCGUACAAGAACAAUCCCAACGCUGCCUAUACGUCCAUUCAUGGCGAGGUAUUCGAUCUCACCGAAGUGGCCGCUCAGCAUGAGCGUGUUGUGCCCGUGAUUCCGGUGAAGUCAAUUCUUAACUAUGCUGGUGAAGCGGCGGACGAUAUUUUCCCCCUUCAGGUCAGUGCCCUCUGCAAUGGAGUUACAGGAACUGUCAGUCCCUAUGUGGUUUUGAGCUCUGCCAACGACACGGAUCCUAAUGCACAAUACCAUGACUUCCGUGCUUGGACUAAUGACCCUCGUCCAGAUUGGUAUUUCGAGGUGAUGACCCAGAUGCGAUGGAACAACCGCGUUGGUUGGAUGGGUUACACGAUGGGCGACCUCCAGAACAUGGCAACUUCGGGCAAGUCUGUCGGUGUCUACAACGGAAUCAUCUAUGAUGUGACGGGGUAUAUCACUUCUCCUCCAUCAACUGCUCCUCUCGUCAACGAGGUUUUACCCACCGACGUCGAUGUGCAUUUUAUGGAUCAAAGCGUGAUUGCCGUAUUCCAGUCUAACUCUGGACAAGAUGUCACAAAGCAGAUGAAUGCCCUCAACCUUGGUUCUCAGGUCAUGGAAUGGCAAUCGACAUGUCUGCGUAAUUUGUUCGCAAUCGGUAUGGUCGACACGCGUAACUCGCCGAAAUGCCAAUUUGCAACCUACAUCCUUCUCGCCCUUUCCAUUGUCAUGGUCAGCGUAAUUGGGUUCAAGUUCAUUGCGUCCAUCAACUUCGGCUCUGAGCGCGCUCCUGAGGAUCACGACAAGUUCGUUAUUUGUCAAGUGCCUUGUUACACGGAAGGUUUCGGGUCGCUGCAACGAACGAUUGACUCUCUUGCGCAGAUGAAGUACGAUGAUAAGCGGAAGCUCAUCCUUGUCGUUUGCGACGGUAUGGUUGUUGGUUCAGGUAAUGACCAGCCUACUCCCCGUAUUGUUCUGGACGUACUGGGUGCGAGUCCUAACAUCGAUGCGGAGCCGCUCAGCUUCCUCUCUCUCGGGGAAGGUGCCAAGCAGCAUAAUAUGGGAAAAGUUUAUUCUGGUCUUUACGAGACAGCUGGCCAUGUUGUACCUUACCUUGUCGUGGUCAAGUGCGGGAAACCUGGAGAGAAACAGCGUCCAGGCAAUCGUGGAAAGCGUGAUACACAGAUGCUCAUUAUGCGCUUUUUGAAUAAAGUUCACUUCAAUUCUCCAAUGAGUCCGCUCGAACUGGAGAUGUAUCACCAAAUCAAGAACGUCAUCGGUGUAAACCCUUCGUUCUACGAAUAUGCUUUCAUGGUUGAUGCGGACACGACCGUCGAUCCUCUGUCCCUGAAUCGUCUCAUCUCUGCUAUGGUGCGCGACAAGAAAUUGAUCGGUGUCUGUGGAGAAACGGAGUUAGCCAACGCGAGACAAUCAUUGAUCACGAUGAUGCAAGUCUACGAGUAUUUCAUUUCCCACCACAUGGCGAAGGCGUUCGAAAGUUUGUUCGGGUCGGUCAGUUGUUUGCCAGGUUGUUUCACGUUGUAUCGUCUUCGGAGCCCGGAUACGCACAAGCCGCUUUUUGUUUCAAACCAAAUCAUCGAAGAUUACUCGGAGAAUAGAGUGGAUACACUGCACAUGAAGAACUUGCUGCACCUUGGUGAAGAUCGUUAUCUUACGACGAUUGUUCUCAAGCACUUCCCGCUUUACAAGACGCAGUUUGUUCGAGAUGCCCACGCGUAUACCGUUGCACCUGACGAUUGGAAGGUUUUGCUAUCUCAGCGUCGGCGUUGGAUCAACUCAACGGUGCACAAUUUGGGCGAACUUGUCUUCUUGGACCAACUUUGCGGCUUCUGCUGUUUCUCCAUGCGCUUCAUCGUCAUGAUUGAUCUGGUAUCCACUAUCAUUCAACCAGUAACAGUAGCAUAUAUCGCUUACAUUAUAUAUCGAGCUGCGGGCUUACACGAAGCCAUCCCUACCAUAUCCAUCAUUAUGAUUGCUGCGGUUUAUGGUCUCCAGGCUCUCGUGUUCAUCUUGCGGCGCAAGUGGGACAUGAUCGGUUGGAUGGUGUUUUAUAUCCUCGCCAUUCCUGCAUUCUCGUUCUUCUUGCCACUGUACUCGUUCUGGAGGAUGGAUGACUUCUCGUGGGGUGCAACUCGUGUUGUCUUGGGAGAGGCGGGCAAGAAGAUGGUGGUUCAUGAUGAAGGCAAAUUUGAUCCUAGAGUAAUACCACUCAAGUCAUGGAACGACUACGAGAAUGAGCUCUGGGACAAGGAAUCGAACCACAGCAUUGGAUCUUGGGUGCCCCCAACUAAGAUGAUGAACGAAGGAUAUGCCGAGUCUCAUACCGCUUCAAUCUAUGGCCGCGAGACCUUCUACGAACCGGCAAUGUCUCGGGCGUACUCACCGUCUCCCUCACAGGCGGCGAUGGCGAUGUACCCACCGCCCGGCUACCAAUCAGGGCGGAAUACACCGACGAUGUCAAUGGUUGGCUAUCCUGCUCCGGGUAUGGUGUACCAACCCACGCCUUCUCGCCCCACAAGCAACUACAUUGAUGUUCCAAUCCCGUCGACACGAAGUCCGGAGACGAUGGACUCACCGCAGGGUGGCCCGUCGAGCGCGGACAUUGAUGCCGCGGUGGCCGAUAUCCUGCGCGACGCAGACCUCGCGACGACCACCAAACGUGAGAUUCGUAGCAAGCUCGAGCAGCGCUUCGCCAUGGACCUCUCGUCACGCAAACGGGACAUUAACGAUGCCAUUGACAGGAUUUUGUUGAGCCGCGCAGGUUGA